AUGAACGUGGAUCUGGUGCUGGGAUUACUCUGCUGGGUGUGCAAUAGCGCAUCGUGGCUCGCUCUCGCCGCUACUGCAUCGCCUGCUGCUCAUGAGCGUGUGUACGAUCCGAACACCACCGUUUUUGCGGAUCUCCGAAGCUCUGUGGAGCCUUCAAUCACCUCCAGUGGCGUUGAUAUCGAUGCUCUGCUGGCCAACAUGACGAUCCACCAAAAGGCGGCGCAGAUGACGCAGAUGGAUAUUUAUUCCAUGAUGGACGGGGACGAGAGGGACCCGAAGAAGGCUCUGAAGCGUGACGUAGUGGCUCGGUAUGCUCGUAUGGGUGUCGGCUCGAUCCUCAACAGUCCAUUUGCUGGCGGGCCCGUGGGUGGACGUACGGGCUGGAGCGCCAGCGAAUGGCGAGAGGUGAUACACCAGAUCCACCAUAUCUACAAGGAGGAGGGCGCUGCUGUGCCCAUGCUGUAUGGAGUUGACACCAUCCAUGGCGCUACCUACGUACAGGGUGCUACGUUAUUUGGUCAGCCUAUCAGUGCUGCUGCCUCAUUCAACCCCGAGCUCGUGUACAAAAUGGGUGCUGUGGCUGCUAAGGACACACUGAGUGCUGGUAUUCCAUGGAUCUUCAGUCCGGUGCUUGGCAUCGCAGUGCAACCGAAAUGGUCCAGAGUCUACGAGUCGUUCGGGGAAGACCCUUUGGUAUCGUCCGUCAUGGGAGCGGCACUGAUCGAAGGACUCCAGAGUUCGGGCAAAGUGGCAGCCUGUAUGAAGCACUUUAUAGGAUACUCGAACGUUCGUGAGGGUCUUGACCGUGCGGACAAUGUCAUUACGGACUGGGAGCUUGUUAACUACUACGCACCGUCAUUCCUAGCUGCAGUCCGCGCUGGUGUUCGUACCGCAAUGGAGAGCUACGUGUCAGUGAAUGGCGUCCCCGUGAUUGCCAGUAAAAAGCUAUUGGUUGACUUGUUGCGGCAUGAUAUGAACUUCUCGGGGUUGUUGGUCUCGGACUAUAGCGAAGUGGAUCGAAUGUAUUCGGAACACCAUUUAGUGCCCAGCGUGGCUGAGGCUGUUCGCGUGACCCUGCAAGAAACCUCUCUCGAUAUGAAUAUGUCACCAGACUUGCAGGCUUUCGGUGACACGAUUGAGUCAUUAUUCGAGAAGGGGCUUAUUCCAGAGAGCCGACUUGAUGAAUCUGUGCGGCGCAUUUUGGAAACCAAACGGGACCUCGGACUGCUUGAGCCAGACUAUUACGAUAACUUUGAACGAGACUGGAUGAGUACUGCGUCCACCGUUGGCAAUACUGCCGACCAAGCAGACGCAUUAAAGUUGGCUCAGGAGUCAGCUAUUCUCCUCGAGAACCACAACAGCGCUUUGCCUAUUGACCUGACGGAAGCGAACAAUAUUUUUGUCACCGGUCCUGUUUCGGACAACAAGGGCUUCCAAUGUGGAGGAUGGUCCGUGUUCUGGCAGGGAUCCAGCGACUCGACAAUUUUUCCCAAUGGUUUGACUUUCAAGGAAGCCAUACAGGCUAAGGCAGCUUCUGCCGGUGGGCAUAUGAAGGUAGACCAUCUCGAAGUGGUUGGUAUUGAUGGCAACGUGAACCCCCACGACUUUCAACGGGGACUUCAGCUUGCUGCUAAAAGUGAGUAUACCCUAGUUGUAUUGGGUGAACCAAACUAUGCGGAGAAGACUGGUGACUUGCUCGGGAGUAUGGCUUUACCUGCUGGACAGUUGCGGUAUCUUGAAGAGCUCACUAAACUCAACUCGACCAAGGUGGUGCUCGUACUGAUUUCUGGUCGCCCCCGCUUGCUUGAGGGGGCCCAUAACCAUGCCGACGCUGUUAUCUUGAGCAUGCUGCCUUGCGAACAGGGCGGGCAAGCACUAGUAGACGUAAUUUUUGGGGAUGUGAACCCGUCAGCCCGGUUGCCUAUUACCUAUCCGGCCCGUAGUACCCAGCUACUGCCGUAUUUUCACCGUGUGAACACGCGUUGCCAGCCGUUUGACGAGUGUCCUGUGCUGUGGCAAUUUGGCCACGGGCUCAGCUACACGAGAUUCGAGUACUCGACAUUACGACUCAAUUCUACCCACGUUCAUGCCACAAGAGGAGCGUUGAAAGCAGCAGUCACAGUGACGAAUCGUGGCACUCGUCCGGGCAAGGAGGUCGUGCUAGUGUUUGUAUCCCAGAAGUUCCGGCGCGCGUCCGUACCAGAAACCAAAUUACUCAAGGCGUUCAAGAAACUGGACGAGCUGGCACCGGGAGCCAGCCAAGAUGUCGAAUUCGUUUUGACUCCUGAGGAUUGGAGCUACUACGAACCGCACGUUGUGGGUCGUGGCUUUCAGCGGUGGGCCGAGCCCGGUGAAUUUGUCGUCUCUGUGCUACCCUCUUCAACGGAUGCAUCGACAAUGGCGGUACCACGCGUACUGGACAACGUCAGCGAAAGGAACAGCCAGAUAAAAAACCGUGCUGGCCCUGGUUUCAUGACCUCAAACGGCUCGGAAUGGCCAAGUGCAGCGCCAGAGUAUGCCUCAGAGCUGAGCGCUUCCUUCUAUGUGGUUCUCUAG